AGCGCUGCUCAUCAGCUAUCCACCUGUUUCCAAUUGCGAGUCUUUUGAUUUCUCCGGCAUCAUGUCCAGCCCUUGGGAUUGCGUGUGCGAGUUCAUCCGCUCUCAGAGCGCCAAUCUGCAGAGCAUCAUGGAGGGCUUGUCCAAUCAGCACACGAUCAGCGAUCUCGACACAAGCGACACGCUAACUCUGAACAGCGGCAUGUCGCCUUUGCAUCUCUUCAUGUUUCUGCUGCUUGCAGUUUGGGGCUUUCUCUACGUGAACGGCCGCCAGACGGAGCAGACCACCAAAGCCAUGGGUGGCGCCCCGGGCGCUGGCGGAUCUGGCGCUGGUGGUUCUAGUUCCUCUUCCUCGGGUGCCUCGGGCUCCGGAUCUUCCAGCUCAUCAGGUGGCGCGGGAGCUGGACACUGCGACUCCGAGCUCUUCUAGGGCCAUGCCAUGCGCUUGAUGGGUCGGCAUCACGACCGUAGUGAAGAUUUGCUGUGUCAGGUUGGAUAAAAAAUGACAAACAAAAAAUGGUGAGCAGAACGCAACUCAUGACACUGUGCAGCCAAUCCGAGCGUGAAGCUUUGUGAUGCACCUGCUGUGCUGCUGCGCAGUCUGUUUUCACUGGUUUGUGGCACAUUUGAAUUUGAUGGUGACCCC